UUUCUUUUUGGUGCACAUGUAUAGUUCGUCAUUUUACGACGACAAAGUUUGAAGAAAAGAAAGAAUUGGUAAAUAUAUAAAAUCAAAGAAUAUAAACAAGUUGGUAAUAGAUCAUCUAAGCACGACUUUUUCAAAUGUUCCCUUUUGUAACUAUAUAUCUCUAAGUACUCGGCGUCUUCCUCCUCAUAGCCUCUCUCGAUAUAACUCUAUUCCUCAACUCUCUCUUUCCCUUUUCAUCAAUAUUUGCAUUAUUUGUCUCAAUGGGAUCAACCAGCGUUCUCCUCCUUCUCCUCCUAACCGUAGUCCCAGCCGUCUUCGCAGUGACUUACCGGGUCGGUGAUGUUUCUGGCUGGACCAGUGGUAUUGAUUACACGACUUGGGUCACUGGAAAGACUUUCCGGGUCGGUGACACUCUAGAGUUCAAGUACGGUCCUUCACACUCAGUGUCCGUGGUGAAUAAAGCUGGCUUCGAUGCCUGCGACAGUAGCGGAGCAACACAAAGCUUCUCCGGCGGAGACACUAAGAUCGAUCUUACAAGAGUUGGAACUAUACACUUCAUUUGCCCUACUCCUGGUCACUGCCUCGGUGGCAUGAAACUCGCCGUUCCCGUCCUUGCCGCCGCUCCAUCUCCGGCCACUCCUUCACCAACUUCUUCCCCAAAAUCUCCACCGCUUGCCCCUCGCUCUCCGCGUAAACCUAAAACUCCAUCUCCACCGGCUUCUCCGCCGGCCAAUGGCUCACCGUCAGAGUCGCCCGCCCCUUCGCCGUCCUCGCUGUCUUCAACGACCCCAUCUCCGUCAAACGCAGCGUUUAAGGGAGUCAUGGUGAGCUAUGGAAUGAUGGCGUUCACCAUGUUAUUGAUGUUUGUUGCCAUGAGCUAAAUUACAUAGUGGAGUACAUAACUUUGUUUGCUCAAUAUUAUUUAUUUUGGUCUGGAUCUUUGUAACUAAACUAUCACCUGCUUUUGUUUGUAAUGAUUUUUCCUUAAUUGCCA